AUGAUUGGGUUUUAAUAUGUAAGCAUUUUGUCUUACUCUUAUACAAAAUCGUAUGAUGAAAUAAGUUUGAUACUUAAUAUAGAUGGUUUUAAGGAUGUUGAAAUUAUAAAUUAAGACAAUCUCAUCAGAUACACAAUUAAUAAUGAAAGAGUCAUUCGAUUGGACAAUUUACUCUAUCUUUUUGUACAUUUAUUACAUUAUAAUUAAGAAAAUUAAAUAUAUAAGACUUACAAUCGCACAACUAAUUUAACUUUGUUUGGAAAUCAUUAAAAAAUACUAAAAAUUGUAAUAGAAUUCAAUAGAACACAAUUAUUUGGAUUUGAACAGAGUUUUAUUACAAUUACAUCCAAAAAGUGAAGGACUCUUUAUACUUCCAUCUACUUUUAGUUAUGAUAUUCAUUUUACAGGAUAUGAUUGUCCAUUCUAUGAAAGAGAGGACUAUGAGGAUUAUACAAUUUCAGACUCAGAAGCAAUUAAAUCUAUAGUCAAUAAAAUAAUAGACUACACAGCAAGUUAUUCAAUGAAAUAAGCCAAGAAUGAUCAAAAAUUUCCAAUUAUAAUUGAGUAAUUAAGGAAUUCACUCAAUAUUUCAUUCGAUAAAUUCAUUAAUACAAUUGAAGAACAGUUUGCUUUAUCUGCUAAUAACAAUCAUUAAUAAUAGGCAUUAACUAGUUUAGAUAAUUAAUUUAUGCAUUUGAAUUAUAAAAGAAAAGUUUUCAGCGUUAAAGUUUAUUCAAAUCUUGAAAAUUUAUUAAAAAGGUAUUAUUCUAUUAAGAAUUGGUAUAUAUAUGAAUAUUAUUUAUACCAAACUCUACCAAAAAUUACAAAAGAAUUUAGAAAAUCCACUUUGAUAUUUAUAUAUUAAGGUCCAGAACAAGAGAUUUAAUAUACGUAAUUUGAAAAUGAAUUCAACACUUUGGAUAAUAACUUAAUUGAUUAAUUAAUUACGGAAUAAAUUGACAGUUUCUAUCAAUAUAAGAUUGACUUCAAUAAGAGUGAUAUUAGCAAAACUGUCAUAGAGAGAUUAUAACAACAAAUGAAUUUGUUAAAAUAUUAUUUUCAAAAUGAUGCCAACUUUAUCAAUUUUGCUGAUAUUAAUAAAAAUAUUAAACAUGUAAGUUUUCUAAAAAAAGGUUUAACUGAAAGAGUAGUCUAAGAAGUCUUUAGCAAUUAAUUUCAAUUAAAGAAUUUGCAAUGGAUUAAUGAGAUGAUAUGA